ACGACUGACAAACACAAACUGUUCUUUGCUAUGUCAAUGCUUGUUGAGUUAAAACAAAAAAAAAGUUUCCAGGGCCAAAUUAUUGAAUCUAAACAAUGCUCUUUAGCUAUUCAGCGCCUGUCCCAUUUUCUGGUAAAUGAAACAAAAGUAGCCAUGCAUGUUUUUGUAGAGGCGGAUGUAGCCUGAACUCGGGGUCUGGCAGAUCUCCAGCGGUAGUAAAAGGCUGCACAGUGCGUUUCUGGUUUGGUACAGUACCUUCCAGCAGACACACACGCACACUGAGACAGUGGCUGGCACUGACUGACAAGGCGAAACAAAACAAGAAUUAAAAAGAAAAAAAAGAAAGAAAAGAAAUCGGAAUAAAAGAUCCUUCAACGCAGAUAUUGGAAACGACUCGGUUCGGUCUGGACAUGAUCAAGACUGGGUCGUUAUGACUUUCCGAUUCCAUAAUAAUAACCCAUUGGCCGAUCGUGCGUUUUUAAGCAGUGUAUUAUGUUCGGUGUCCUUUUCCAAUUGUUUGUACCUCAUGACUGCCGCUGACAUCCAGUCCUGUCGCCUUUCGCAGACGCUGUAAGAAAGAAGAAACGGACUCUCUACAGGUUGAAGUUAAUGACUUCUACCAGCCUCAGCGACCUGAGCAAGAGCGAGAAGGCAGCCUUGGAUGAACGGGGAACGCAGCACAGACGGGCCGGGGCCAACGCCACUUGGAACAGUAUCCACAAUGGAGUGAUUUCUGUGUUCCAGAGGAAGGGGCUACCAGAGAGUGAACUGUACACCCUCAACGAGGGUGUGAGGCGGCUGUUGAAAACGGAAUUGGGAUCAUUUUUCUCGGAAUACCUCCAAAACCAGUUACUUACAAAAGGAAUGGUCAUAUUAAGGGACAAAAUCCGAUUCUAUGAAGGUCAGAAGUUGCUGGACUCCUUGGCCGACACAUGGGACUUCUUUUUCAGUGAUGUCCUGCCGAUGCUUCAGGCCAUCUUCUAUCCUGUACAGGGGAAGGAGCCCUCAGUCAGACAGCUGGCUCUCCUGCACUUCAGGAAUAUCAUCACGCUCAACAUUAAACUGGAGGAUGCCAUUUCCCGCCCGCGGGCCAGAGUCCCUCCCUCCAUCAUCCAGAUGCUGCUGAUAUUACAGGGGGUGCACGAGUCCAAGGGAGGGACGGAGGACUACUUGAAACUUGAGGCCCUGAUCCAGAAGGUGGUGUCUCCGUACCUGGGAACCCACGGGCUCUUCUCUGACGACGGCCAAGCCACUCACUGCACCUGCGUUCUGGAGAAGCGUUACCUCCGGCGCUGUGCUAAGGUAGGCGAGGUGAUCGGGAAGAAUCCAGUGGUGCGCUCCAAGAGCUACAACAACCCCAUGCUGACCCCUGUGGUGGAGUACGAGUGCGAAGUCGGCUCCGCCGGCAGCACGGGCAUCAGGAGGCACUCCGUCUCCGAAAUGACCUCCUGCCUUGGGCUGCAGGGCUACUCCAACCUCACCACCAUCAUGGACACCGGCUCCAAAACCUCCAUGGCCAAAACCUGCCAAUCAGGUGAGCAAGACCUGUCGGGAGGGGAAGGAGCUUCUCCGACCUCCAAUCCAGGACUCUUUUGUGAGCAGGAGCCCAGGGGGGACCAGCACCCUGCCUCCUUGCAUCCCUCGCAUUCCUCCAGCCCCGAGACCACAGUGGACCAGACCCUGGACUCCAUAGACUCCGACUUGGAGGGCAUUUUUAUUGAUUUCAGCCACCGAUGCUCCAACUCUCCUGGGUACAGCAGGGACACCAGCAGACAGAGCUUGGUGUAGGAACGCAGGGAGAAGCAGAGCAGACUACCUGUGUGACAAUCAGCAAUGGAGGCCAAGUCGUUUCUUGCCAGAUUUGCCUGUCAAAACAUCUCGUUUUUUUUUUUUUUUUUUUAAAACAUUGUUUUGUUUCCACUUUUUCAUGCCUAGCCUAAACCUGUAUGAGAGCUUAAGAUUGACAAACAGGGAGAUUAAAAUGUAGGGAAGAGUAAAUGUUCUUAUAAGAGAGCAGGUCACAUUAAAGACAUAAGUGUAGAUCAUCCCCCAACUGAAAGGCUCUGACAAAGUCUUGACUGUGUUUUAACUGAGAAAUAUACUGGAGCUAUUGCUGUCCCGAGCUGAUGUUGCAUCCUUGCUGAGCUGUUGAUUACUGUAACUCAUUGCUUGUAGGUCUCCUAGGAGACUCAUUGAAUAUGAUGCACGCAAUACUUGCCUGCCUGUCAUUUUUCACAGUUUUUAAGGCCACUACAUUGGCUACCAGAAGCAUUGAAUUGAUUUUCCAACUCCUCCUGUACCAGACUAGCUAUGGUACUGGCCUUGUCUAUUUGAGUUACUUUUUCCUUGCAAACCAGCCCGUACUUGGAGAUCUGCCAAUAGUGGUUUAAUGAAUCUCCUCCUAGCAGCUGAUGAGUUAACAAUACUGACUCUUUUAAAGGUAAGAUGUACCUCUUUGAACUGUAUGGUUCCUGUUCUGCCCUUGCCUUCCCAUUCAAUUCAAUGGGCAGAGAUGCCAAUUCAUUGCAGGGGUCUCGUUAUUUCCAAGAAGUUGCUUAAAAAGCUCUGGUGGUAGAGGGCAUUGAUAGCUAGAGUUCCAUCACCAAAUCUCAGUGGCCCGCCACAGGGGAAAUUCACUGUAGAACUGUUCAGAUUGUAGGUCAGUUACGAACACCAAGAGUAGUGUAAAGGGCUGCACUUGCCUAAGGACUCUUCACUAAGUGCCCUAUAUUACAUAAGGUAAGGUAACAAUGGCAUUGUGUCUGGGAAUCUUCAGUUUGAAUAACUGGGAUGAAUGUCACAGUACAGUCUCUGAUACGAUACUUAGCCAUCCUCAUAUAUUAUUCUUUUUUAAAUCCAGCCUCACAUUGCCAGAAUUGUUCAUAUGCCGUACAUUAUGGGGGGGGGGGGGGUGUUAUACAAGAAAUGGAAUCUAAUUACAUAAAUAAAAUAGCUUUUCUCGUUUCAUAAAUGCCUGGGCAAUACAGGGUUAAAUCAUGUAGUUAAUUUACAGUAGCAAUAAUAAAUGCUUGUCUAUUCAUUCUGGUGCUGGGGCGAACACAGGAUUUUCAUGUUCGGAUAUUUUCAUGUUCAUAAUUUUAAUUAAAUAUUCGUUCGUUUUCAAAAAAUAAUAAAAGCCAUUAUAUUGCUCUGAACACAGGUAGAAACAGCAUAGCAGCAGUAGCAGGGGUGGAGUGGCCCCUGUGUGUGUGCCUUUAUUUUACAGCAAGACGUUACACUCUGCAACACGUUAAAGUAAAAAAUACCCUAGGAGUAAAGAAUAAGUUGUGUAGGACUUACUUUACCCCAGUAAAUUAACUACAAAACAAAGGAUACCAAAUAACAAGGUAAAUCUUGUUUUGUUUAUUCCCCAAAUAAGCAGUACAUAAAUUUGACAACGCAUUUUAUUAACUUUUUUCAUUCCUUGCCAUUGCUGCUUCUUCACAGUAAACAGUGGCCACAGGCACGUUUUCAUAAAGUAAUAACAUGGUUUACUUGUGUCUUUUUGUAGCUCAGCAAGUAAACGAAAACUGAAAUUUAGCUUUAAACACUUGAAAUAAAACAAACGUGGAAAUAGUAUUGUAAAACGAAGGGGAAAAAUACUUUGUUUUGUUUCUCGGUUAUUACAUUCCACGUAACAAAGUCACUACAAAAAAUAUAUAAUAUAUACAAUCUAUAUAAAAAUCACAAAACAACAUUAACAGCAAGUAGAGACUAUUUAAGCGAGGCAUUCCAGAAUGGAAUGGGAUUCUGACUCGCUCUAAAGCAGCACAACGCGUUUUUGUCUGAUGG